GUAUAUAUCCUCCCCCCUUUCCCCUCAUCAGCUGGAAUCGCUUCAUAAGGGGUCUUAAUUGUAUUUUUAAAAGUGCAUUGGCUUUUUUCAAAUCCUUCUAGGUACUCCUUUAUUCUAUUUCUCAAACCCUGGUUGGCACAACAGCAGUCCCAUGAGGUGGGAUAGACUGAAAGUGGGUGACUGGCCCAAGAUCUCCUAAGUGAGUGUCAAAACUGAGGAUAGUUUUGAACUUGUGCUUCAGCCAGUAUUUUAACAAUGACUCUAUACCUGCUCUGCAAAUACUUGCCUAAGCAAUGGGAGUUGGCAUUGCAGUAACCAAGAAGCAAAGGAAGCGGUGGCUAGCUGGUGCUUCCUUUUUCAUUUUUUAACUUUAUGCAUCCUCUCAAAGCCAACACCACACUAGCUUCUUUCUGUGUGUAACUAGUCUGAAUGGACUGUACAGUUUUUGGGUGCUUCCAGAUAAGUGUUUAUUGUGGAAUCAGUUCUCUUUUCUUAUUUAUUUUUGCAGCAUCCAUGUAAUGUUAUUCGCAUGAAAAUACCAGAGCAUAAUUUUUCCCUAGAUUUACCCUUUCUGUGGAAAAUCCAGUAGGUUAAAAAUGUUGCUAAUGCCCCAUUUACAAUAUUAAGCCCCCAUCUAGAACAUUUGUAAUAAGCACAAUGUUUGUGUAUACUUAUUACCAUCUGUGUGCCAGCUAAAUUAUGGCACUCUGCAUUAGUGUCCAGCAGUUAUGCUUAAUUUCACCCAUAUUAAGUUGACACAAUCCUGCGUGUAUAUGUGUGUUGUUUUUAAUUUGUGAAACCACAUGUUUGAAUUCACCAAAAAUCAGUUAUUUGUCAUAAUUUAGCUUUGGCAUUGAUGACUUUGGAUUUUGUGUAUAUGUGCAUGUUCAUAUGGUUUGGACAGAACAUAAAGAAGUGUUGAAUCAACUUAGAAACAAAUGGAGCUAUUCUGCAAUUGCUGAACUUUUCUAAAAUGAGAACUGAAUUUUGUUGACAAAUGCUGCAAACUGGGACUAAGCACCAUUUGCCUCUAUGAGGCUAACAUAUGAGUAGGCAAAUAUAGGAUUGUGCUGUAAGGCAACAAGAAUGACCAUGGAAACAAACUAGGGAAAUGUUAAGGAAUUUAUGAGGAGUCUGGCUAAAUAUAUCUAUUAAGCUUUUGGUUGUUUUCACUCUGUUUUCUUAUAGGGGAUUCAAAGAAAGUGGCAGUACAUAUCCAGUCUCCUGAGGUUUUCAUCCUUCUACUUUUGUGAUGAUCAAAUGCUUGGCUGAAGAAGUGCAAACCAGCUUGCGGUCUGGAGUGGCCAUCAACUCACUAGGCCAGUGUGUUGAGGAGCUUGUCCUUAACAGCAUAGAUGCUAAAGCAACAUGUGUGGCUGUCCGAUUGGAUAUGGAAACUUUUAAAGUCCAGGUGGUGGAUAAUGGCAGUGGGAUGGGAAGAGAUGACCUCAACAAAGUGGGAAAUAGGUAUUUUACCAGUAAAUGCUACUCAGUGGAAGACCUAGAAAAUCUAAAGUUUUAUGGCUUCCGUGGAGAAGCUUUGGCAAGCAUAGCAAACAUGGCCAGUAUAUUGGAAAUAUCAUCCAAGACAAAUAAGGUAGCAAAAACCUUCCUGAAACUUUUUCACAAUGGAAAAGGACUGGAAGUCUCUGAAACAGAAUUGAAUAGACCAAGUGCUGGAACAACAGUGACUGCAUACAAUUUAUUCCACCAAUUACCUGUGAGAAGAAAGUGCAUGGAUUCCAGAUUGGAAUUUGAGAGAGUGAGGCAUAAAGUAGAGGCUCUUUCACUUAUUCAUCCUUCCAUCUCAUUUUCUUUAAGGAAUGAUGCUUCCUGUUCAAUGGUGCUUCAGUUACCAAAGACAAAAGAUACACGAUCUCGGUUUUCUCAGAUUUAUGAUCUAGGUAGAUCCCAGAAAUUACGAGAAAUAAAUUAUAAAUCUGCAGUAUUCGAGAUAAGUGGUUUUAUCAGUUCUGAAGGGCAUUACAAUAAGAAUAUUCAGUUUCUAUAUGUGAAUAAUAGAUUGGUAUUAAAAACAAGAUUGCAUAAACUUAUUGACUUUUUAUUAAGAAAACAAAGCAUUAUAUGUAAGACAAAAAGUGGGUCUUCGACUUCAAGUCCUGCUCGUCAGCGCUCUGGCCCAGAGCUCUAUGGAGUCUUUAUUAUCAAUGUGAAAUGUCCAUAUGAUGCGUAUGAUGUGUGUUUGGAACCUGCAAAAACUCUAAUAGAGUUUCACAACUGGAAUGCUCUCCUAGAUUGCAUUGAGGAAGGAGUAAAAUAUUUUUUAAAGCGAGAACAUUUAUUUAUUGAGCUGUGUGGUGAAGACGUUAAGGAAUUUAAUGAAAACAAUGACUUUUGUUUAGUUAAAACUGUAGAUUUACACCCAUCUCUCCUUGAGGAGAAGGACUUGCAGGAGAGUUUCAAGAGAGCUUCUGAUAAUAUUGUGGAUUCUUAUGAAAUGUUUAAUCUGCAGUCAAAGUCUAUCAAAAGGAAAUUAAUUCAUGAAAAUAAGACAUCAGACCACACAGCACCAACUAACAAUUUGGAGGGAAUAGAUGCUGGCUCAGAUUUGACUAGCACUGGACCUGUUCAUGAUCUGAGUAGCAGUAAUGUGAAGAAUCUUCUGCCUGACAAAAAUGGCACAAUUCCCAGCUUGCCAAAGUUGGGUAACCUACACCAAGAAUCAAACAUUUCUGAUAAUCUCCCUGUUGAGCCAAUUAAUUCCAAGUGUCCAGAAGAAAUCGGCGAACAGGACAGGACAGUUGCUUUAGAAAUAGACAAGUAUGCUUCUACUUCACUUUGUACUGAGAAACAUGAUAACUGUGCAAAUAGGCAACAAGACAGAGCCCUUCAGGAAAGUAACCCCAGCACUGUCACUCUGAGACAUAUUGAAGCUAUGGAAGAUGUUAAUGAGUUUGAAGGUGAAUCUCUUCUUGGACACGGAUUGAUAGGAAAAUAUAAGCCAGUGACAGGUAGGGAACCGUCUGCAGGAUCAAAUGUCAAUGGAGAAGUGGUAAUGGGAAGGAAAAAAAUUAAGUUGUGUUCCACAGGCCUUAUAACACAUCUGAUGCAAAAUCUGCCACCUCACAAAACAACAGAAAUUAACAGUUCAUUAGACAGACAGACACAACUGGGUCCAAUAAGUGCCAAGGAUAUAUUUGGAAAAAAGCUAGAGUUUUCAGAGAAAACUCCAAGUGCUGAAGAAAACUUGAGGACCAGUGCUGCCAUUGGAAACAAAUGUAUGAGGAAGAAGAACAUGUCAGGUCAAAAGAAUGAGGUAGUUUCUUUUCCUCCACAUGGUAGUGUUGACUUUGUAACAUCACAUGGCAAAGAAUUUAUUUAUAAGGCACCUUCAGGUCCUGUUCAUCAUCUAGACAGUGCAACUCAGACUAGGGAAAUGAUUGAUCCUUCAGUUAGGCCUAGAUCCUGUGGCUUUACAAAACUAAGCUUGUAUCCAAAGCUGGGGUCAUUAGAUAGAUUCAGAAGACAUUAUGGGAACAUAAAGAGUACGCCAACAACUGAUGCGGAAAAGAGUGAGGUUAAAAGGCCAGCCUGUGGCAGGUAUCCCACUAAUGAGAAUACAAAUUUUCAGAACUCUAGUACUUGUGAAAUUCCAACUAACAAACAUUAUGUGUCUAAUAACAGUGGUCAUGAUUGCCUUUUUUCUUUAGAAAGAUCUCAGCACUCCAUAAAAGAAAGUCUAUUACAUGGAGAAGCUGUUCAUAUAAGGGAGAGUCCUCUGACACUGACAGAAUACUCUCAGAUAAAAAAUAAACCUCUUUCUGACACUAACUUCACAGGAACACUUGCCUCUAAAGUAUCUAGAAUGAAGGACUGCCUUAUAGAAACUUUAACUACAGAACCUCUAGGGCAUACUUCAGAACAAUCCCAAGCACAUUCAAGCCAAAAAGAUGAAGUCAGACAUGACCACCUAUCUCAAAAUAAUCUUUUGCAGAGUGCUUGCCAAAUACCUCAAAUUUCCCCAAGAAAAACAGGAGCAGAGAGUUUUUCUUUUGCUUCAGCCUCUGAAGAGCAGGAUGAUCCUGUAGGAAUCUCUAGCACAAGACCUGGGAAUGCGGAAGAUACUGUCAGCCAUUGUUUCAUUGACACUGAUGGGGAAUAUGCAGUUUCCCCAAACAGAAGUUUAGCUUUGUCCAACAAAAAGGCUGAUUCUGAAGGCUCCUGUGAAAAUACAGGCAUUGUGGAUGGAUUUAUAAAGCAAGCUGGGAAAGCCUCUGAACUGCAAAAUGUGAACUUGACUGGCAAUACGGAGGAUGCUGCAGAUGACUCAAGUGCAGCUGAGGAGGAAGAGCCACAGUUGCAUCAUUCUGAAUGGUUUCAGCAGUUUGAUGCUUCGUUGGGUAGGAUGGUAUACAUCAACAAACUGAGUGGACUGAGCACCUAUACUGCUCCCAGCAAGGAACCUCAGGCUAUAUGUACUAAAGAUAUAAGCACAGUGGCUGUAAACGUUGUCAUGGAGAGUGAUACGCAAGGAGAAUCUCUCCAGUCCUUGUUUUCUGAAUGGGACAAUCCUGUGUUUGCUCACUUUCCAGAGGUUGCUCUUAAUGUGAGCAGUGGGCAAGCUGAUAAUCUUGCUGUGAAAAUCCAUAACAUCCUGUACCCAUAUAGGUUCACCAAGAAGAUGAUUGAUUCAGUGCAGGUUCUUAAUCAAGUGGACAAUAAAUUUAUUGCUUGUUUAAUAAAUACUACGGCUGAUGAGAAUGAAGACACAGGUGGAAAUCUCUUAGUGCUGGUGGACCAGCAUGCAGCCCAUGAGCGUAUCCGCUUAGAGCAACUUAUUACAGAUUCCUAUGAGAAGCAGCCAGAAAAAUUGGGCAAGAAGAAAUUGCUGGCCUCCACUGUUUGCCCCCCAUUGGAGAUUGAGAUUACAGAGGAGCAGAGGAGACUCUUAUGGUGCUGCCAAAAAAGUCUGGAGGACUUAGGCCUUGAAUUAUGCUUUCCAGAGAACAAUCGCUCUCAGAUUCUUAUUGGGAAAGUGCCACUGUGUUUUGUGGAGAAAGAGGCCAAUGAAUUGCGCCGUGGCAGGCAGACAGUGACGAAGAGCAUUGUGCAGGAGUUCAUUCGAGAGGAAAUUGAGCUUCUGCAAUCCACAGGAGGGGCACGAGGGACACUGCCUCUAACAAUUCUGAAGGUGCUGGCCUCCCAGGCUUGCCAUGGUGCUAUUAAGUUCAAUCACAGCUUGACUUUGGAGGAGAGCUGCCAUCUUAUGGAAGCUUUGUCAUGUUGUCAGUUACCUUUUCAAUGUGCUCAUGGGAGACCUUCGAUGCUGCCUCUUGCUGAUGUAGAUCACUUGCAGCAGGAAAGCCAGCCUAAACCUAAUCUGGCUAAACUAAAGAAAAUGGUGAAGUGCUGGCAACUCUUUGGGAAAGAGAAGGACUGUUGUACCUGAAAGCGCUGACCAGAGCUUAAAAUUUCAUUGAAUGCUGAUGCCUCUCAACAGGUAGUGCUUGAGGCAAACACCAAUAGAUGUUCCUGUUAUGGAACACAAAUUACUGUGGGACUGGGAUCAACUCUGAAAGCGCAAGAAAAGAAGGAACUUCAGCAUCCUGAAUUCAUUCAGCAAGGACCAGGAUUGUCUAAUACUUAAAAAAUAUAUGAGGCAGAAUAUUCACAUCUGUGCUCCUGAAAAAUGUGGAGUGACUUGCAUUGCACUAGCACUGUAUAAUUAAAUGCUUUUGAAAGGUUGUUUUGUAAAAUAAUAAUAGUAAAAUAAUAAUAGAAUCACA